AUGGUAUUGACCCUCUAUAAAAUAUUCCUAUUUUCAUUAUGUCCAGUAACCUUGCUCGUGGGGCAUUUGAUAUCGUAUCGUGUAACGCUUGAAGUGGACAAAGAUGGAUGGUUCAAUACAUACUUCGUCAAGCAAGGCUGGUUCUGGACCAGUCUGAUUGGUUGGUGGUGUAUGAUAAGGUAUGGUCUUUUUGGACACCGUGGUUCCUGGAAAAAGACCCUCAUUCGUUAUUCGGUUCUAACCGCAUGGUGGCUGAUUUUCACUCAAUCUAUAUGGACUGAGGUGGCUCCUCUGAUGGACCUAGUGUUUACUGCAACGGGCGGGCGUUGCACCUUCGAUGUUUUUGACCCUUCACAAUCGCUGACCUGGCAAUUAAAUGAGAAAUUUCAUGACACAUUUUCUCGCAGACAAUCAGGCCUUCAAAAGCUUUAUCGUGCCCUGAAGCAGGGCUCUGGUAACCCUUCUUCGCUACUUCAAGGCGCCAUUUCCGAAAUCGAGUACUGGCUUUCAGAAGGUAAAGACCAAUUGAAAAACAUGGAAGCAACGCCAAGUCAGCUGAACUCAUUGAUUGAUGAAGCUGUUCGUUCGUGGCGUAAGAUCAAUUCUUCCAACCUUUGCAGAUCAGUGGGUGGAUACUGGAUCGGAGGACACGACCCUAGCGGUCACAUAUUUCUCAUCACUCUCAUGUGUAUGUUCCUCUUAGGCGAACUUCAAGUCAUCGGCAAAAAAGCAUUAAGAAAGUUGAAAAGUGAUCAUAGAUUCUUGUAUUUGCUAAAAGAUCAUCUAAUUGGCAUUAUGAGGUUGGGAGGGAUAACGCUUCUAAUUUCCAAACCGCCUGCAAAUCGCAAAGACAUGAUAAAGCAGUUGGGCAUGGCACCAUUGAAGUGGGUGAAACAGGUUCUCAUCCUAAUGGCACUUAUACUUCGAUUCCUUGUAUGGGAAAAUCCUGUGACGGUUCUUAUUCUACUCACCUUUAUGUGGUGGUGGAGUUUUUUGAUCACCACCAUAGCAUUCCAUACUUUGUUAGAGCAGAUCAGUGGCCUUUUAUGCGCAUAUGUUGUGGCCGCAGUCGUCUACUGGAAAUUGACUUAA